AAUUUCAUCGAAAAGUCGUUAUCGACCGUAUCUCAGAUAAACGUUGACAGAGGAUAUCGGAAAGCUCGAGUCAUCAAAAUCAGUCAUCAAAGUCUAUGGACAGAAGUAGUUUCGAGUUUCUCUACGAGGAGAAUUUAGAACUUGGGGAAUUAACCCAGGAGAACUCGUUGCUUUUCGAAAUUUUUCCCAUCGUUUCGUCCAUCGUUUCGAGAGAAAGGAGAAUGAUGGAUCGUCGAGUGGAUCGAUCGACCGAUAAUUAAACGUCAAUCGUAUAUUUAGUGGUGAGACGUCGAUUGAUAUUCGAGAGGGUGGUUCAGCGAGUGGAAAAGAAAAAAAAAAAAUAAAAAAAUAAAAAAUGUUGACGUCGCCUGGCAUGAGCUUGAUGGUGGCCGGUGUCGCCUCCGGGAUAUGUUUUCUCAUCUACACCAGCGUUCUAAAGGGGAAAUCGGGAGAUUCGAAGGAAGAGGACAAUCGAAUUGCCGUGGGCGAGAAUCGUUGCGCCUGUUGCCUGAGGCCGCUUUAUCUGGGCCGUGGUGGGGUUCGUUGCAAGGAUUGCGGCGAAAAAUCGUGCAGAAAAGGCUGCUCCCGUUUCGAUCCUUCGGACAACGCUUGGCGUUGUAUCUUUUGUCGUCAACAAAGGAAUUGGUUGGAGAGGCACGGACUCGAGGCGUUCGGUGGACCGAUCAGUCAGGAAGAUCUACGUUUGUACUUCGAUACGGCAAAAUCAAGGAUUUGCGUAGCAGGAGUGGAAAAUGCAGCUACCAGUUCGGGACAAGGUUUGGCCGCGGAGAAAGAAGAGGCGAACACGAUGGAAACGUUUCGAGAUUUUGUCGAGAAGAUAGUGGUUGGUUUGAUCGGCAACAUGGACGUGCCGAUCAAUCGAGUGGUGUAUCAUCAUUCGCCGUAUGGCAAGCUUUUGGAAAAACACCUUGUACCCUUGAUCGAUGCACUCGCGAGUUUGGCUAUAGUACUGCAAUCAGCUUUGGAGAACAAAUCUGGCACGGAUGUGGGGACGACGGCGCAAGCGCUUCGCGACAUCGUGGAGCGCGUGGUCGAGGAGGCGAGGAGGCUGCCGGGUUUCGGAAGUUGUGACGGGAGCGGAAGGAUCCAGGAUGAGAGGAACGGCGCGGAGAACAGUUACGAGGAAGUGCUCGCCACCACGAUCCUCAACAAGGUCAUCGAGAGAUACCAGAAGAAAGAUGUGGACGGCAAUAGCAACGUUCUCCCUGGGAACUGCGUGACUGCGAAGUAUGCAACGAGUGAAAGCGAGGCAGGACUGGACGAAGGUGUCGAAGAAGGUUGCAGCAGCUUGGAACCGUUGUCUCAGGAGGAUUGCGCCAGCAAGUAUAGCGCAUCUAGCUCGAGACGCGUUAGAAACCAACCGGAGUCAUUAUCUCUCACGAUAGAAGAACGAAUAGAGGAAGUGACCACGACUUAUGCAUCCGACGAGGACUCCAGGGAAUCUCUGUUGCCCGUCAAGAAUGCCCAUCGAGUGCCAUUUCCUGAACUUGGAAUGGACAUCAUCGAUCCUUUUCACUCGGAGGACAGCCAGGACGAAAUCGACGCGCCGACCAACGUGGAUUUAGUAUUCCCGGUCGAAUCUUGGGAAGAAAACUGGUUGUUCCAAAGGAAGAAGGUUCAGACACAGCAGGCUGACUCCGUGGCCAUGUUGGUGCCGAAUCCAAGCGCCGAUUACAAGGCUCUGAUCGGUGACAAGGACGCGGAAGACACCUCCGACUUGUCCGAAUGUUCCUCGGCGCAGGCGGACGAGGACAUCGAGAAAGAGCUGAUGGAGGCGAUAAGCAACGUGGUCCCACGAACCCCGGAGAACGAGAAAAAGUUCGAGAAUGAGCUGGACCAAUAUCCAGAUUCUUCGACGAAAACUGAGAUUCGAGGCUCGAAAGAUGGAAGGAUCGACGAGGAUGGCGAGAGACGAGGAUCGAAGGGGAGGAGCGACGAAGGAAACGACGAAGGGGUUGAAGCCAAAGAGAUCGAGCGUCGUUCUAAAGCUGUGAACGAGAAACCCGUGCCAGGAAAUUUAGUCGAUAACGGGUCAAACGAGACGACGAACGAUGAGGUAUCGAGAAAUUUGAUUAGCGAUUCAAUCGAAUUCGAUUCUCCAACAGAGGGGAAUGAACCGGAUGAUUUAUCGAGUCUCUCGAACGUGAAACCCUCCGCGAUCGACGAAAACGCGCUUGACUUGCCAAAGACACCGACAUCAACGCCGAGAAUUUCCAUGGCCGAGCUGAGGGAAUUGGAUAACUUGGAAUCGCUCGAUUCCCGGGAAAACAACGUUCUGAAUUCGCUGGAAUGCGCUAAGAAGAAGUUGAUGGCCGUGAAUGACAGCGUGGACGAGGAGGAAGCAAUGCUCGCUCAACAAAAGGUCGACUUUCAUGCCGAGGAUAUUCAAGAACAAGAAAGCGAAUACACCGAGCAUUACGAUAUCGCGACCCAAAGGCACUUGGAUAGCUUGACGAAGAGCGAGUCGUCCGAUUUUUCGCCACUGAUCGAUUCGACGACGGAAAAUGAGGAGAGCAAAUGCCGAGAGGCUGUGGCGUCCGCCAAAGCUGAAUCGGCUUCGCAUCAGUCCCAGCAGAGCAAGAAUUCAGACGAAGAGGUCCGGCUUGCCACUCCUCCGCGACCAGGCACGAUCGCCGAACGUGAGCACAAAAAGUGGGAAAAUGCUCCACCUAUCGAAAACAACCCUUACAGCCGGGAGAAUAUUCAAAAGAGGUUGUGGGAGAGGCAGUACUCGAGAAGAUCGUCAGAAAAUUCCGGAAUUUACACCGAAUUGUCAACGAGCAAUGGAACGGACUUGCUCGACGUGUUAACAUCUCGAGAAUCGAAUAUGCAAAGGUUCGGCAGGGAUUAUUACGUGAACGGAUCGGUGAACGAGAAAGGUAGAAGAUCGUCAGACAAUCCCGGAAUACAUAACGAAUUGGCAAUGAGCAACGGAACGGAUACGGACGACAUGCCAUCAUUACUAAAUAUCCAAAGAUCCACCGGGGAUCACUGCGAUACGAAAGUGAACGAGAAAGGGAAGAGAAGAUCGUCGGACAAUUCUGGAAAUUACGAAUUAUCAACGAGCAGUGGGAGUUUGAACGAUGCGUUGACAUUUCGAGACGAGAGCAUGCAAAGAUCUGCCGGGGACUAUUGCGUGUACGAUCAAAAAGCGUCAGUAAACGAGAAGGGAAGAAGAUCGUCGGACAAUCUCGGAUCGGUCGAGGAUUAUUACGAGAAAAAUCCAAAAUCAUCAGCGAAUAAAAAAGAAAGAAGAUCGUCAGACGUAAUAAUCGAUGACGUUUCAAUAUUCCAAGAACUAAAUAUACAAAGAUCCGCCGGAGAUUAUUACACGAACGAUUCAAAGCCGUCGGUGAACAACAAAGGGAGGCGGUCGUCGGGCUUUUCGACCUCGAGCAGACCGAGCAGCUCGUUAUCCCAACGAUCAAGCUUCAACGGGGUCGCGGACCAGGAUCAACAGGAGGAGGAAACGCAAUACAAGGAAACGGAGUCUCUGUUGAACCGAAGCAACGAUGUUAAAUCGAAAGUGGCUAAAUGGCAGAAUAACAACGUGGAGAGCAAGUAUCAUUUGCCGGCCGGGCAGGAUGAUUCCUCGAAAGGAAAGACAGAGAAGGAAAGGAGAGGUCGUGGGAGGAGCAACGGAUGGAGGAGAUUCUGGAGAACGAGAGGAAGAACAGCAAGAACGAGAUAAACGCGAAAUUGAAUAACCAAGAGAACUACGAGAACACCGUGAUCGAAACGAAAAUGUUCAAUUCGGAGAGGAGCCAACGAAAGAUCAAGAGGAUCGAUCUGAAGGCGUACGGGUUCGAGAAUGAAUUCUGCUCGAACAGAACGAUCAGAACUUCGACGCCAAGAGUUGUCAACAAGUUGGAUCUCAGGUCUUUCGGCUACGACGAUGGAAUUCGACGAACGCAGUCAAAUAUUCAAUUGAACAGCGUCG